AUGUGCGUUACUGAUUACCUUUUCCCCAAUAUCUGUCGUUUUCAGGAGGGCAGCAUCGGUCACGACCUGGUGAUUAAGCCCUUGCCGCACGAGCUCAGUCCCAGCCAGGAGGAGGCCCACCACAUUAAGCACUCCGCUAAGCCGUGGCCCAGUCCCGACUUCGAGGACCUCAACGACGAGGAUGAGGGCGUCCUGGACGCGGAGCCCCAGACCGCCGAGUCCCGCACCCGCACCCGCACCCGUUCCCGACGCCAGGCCCCGUACAUCAUCUACCCCGAAGUCUUGGUUAUCGUCGACUACGAUGGCUAUCGGCUCCACGGCGGCGAUAAUUUGCAGGUCAAGCGGUACUUCAUCUCAUUCUGGAACGGCGUCGAUCUUCGUUACCGCCUGCUGAAGGGCCCCAGAAUACGCAUCAGCAUCGCUGGCAUCAUCAUCUCCCGAGGCCGCGAUGCCACCCCCUAUCUGGAACGCAAUCGAGUGGGACGGGAUGCCAUCGACUCGGCUGCCGCCCUCACCGACAUGGGCAAAUAUCUGUUUCGCGAGCGCCGUCUGCCAGUCUACGACAUCGCCGUGGCCAUAACUAAGUAUGAUAUGUGUCGCAGGCGUAAAGGAGGUCGUUGCACCAAGGGCACAGCGGGCUUCGCCUACGUUGGCGGUGCCUGCGUAGUGAACAAGCGACUGGAAAAGGUGAACAGCGUGGCCAUCAUUGAAGACACCGGCGGUUUCAGCGGCAUCAUUGUGGCUGCCCACGAAGUGGGACACUUACUGGGAGCGGUCCAUGACGGCUCGCCGCCACCAAGCUACCUAGGCGGCCCGGGCGCCCAGCGCUGUCGCUGGGAGGACGGAUACAUUAUGUCCGAUUUGCGCCACACUGAGCGCGGAUUCAGAUGGUCCGCCUGUACGGUCCAGAGCUUUCAUCAUUUUCUCAAUGGAGACACGGCCACCUGCCUGCACAACGCCCCACACGAGGACAGCGCUCUGGGACGCUCUCUGCCAGGCACCUUACUUUCGUUGGAUGCCCAAUGCCGGCGGGACCGGGGAACUUAUGCCUGCUUCAAGGACGAGCGCGUCUGUGCCCAGUUGUUCUGCUUCGACGCCCAGACGGUAUACUGCGUGGCCUACAGACCCGCUGCGGAGGGUUCGGCCUGUGGUAACGGUUAUCACUGUCUGGAUGGUCGGUGCACCCCUCUGCCCUCCAACAUCAUCCCCGACUAUGGGAACAACUAUCGUUUAGUCUACAAUAAAAUCGACACCAAAAAAGAUGCAACCUCUGAGCCAACGGAGGACAUUGAAAGUAGUAGCGAAGAGGCCGAGUCGCAAGAAGAUGAGAAUGAGAAUGAGAACGAGAACGAUGAUGAGGAGGAGCAAGAGCAGGAUGGGAGCACCACUAGUAGCGAGGAGCAGCAGGAUAAUAAAGUCGAGCAGAGCUCAGACGCCGCUUCGGCUUCCGCUGCCUCUGCUGGUACGUCGACAUCUACAACGAAGUCGACGACAACGACCACAGUGCGACCCAAGGCGAAAGCGUUUGGGUACUUGCAUCGCAUUUUGCCGUACUACGACGCUGAGAGGCAAUGGCUUCAGAAAGACGGAGUUUUGGUGAAGACGCGGACCAGCAGUAGCGUCAGCAGCAUUAGCGGUCCAUCUGCUCCCUCUACGACAAAAAUACCAACAACAACAACCACACAAACACUGAAUCUCUUCCAAGUCUACACACAUGAAUUACGCAAGCAAAUUGAAUACUACCUACACAUGCUACAAACACAACAACAUGCAACAAAAUUGAAACCAGAACAAAAGCCACAACAGUCAGAACAAACACAACAGUCGAUAGUUGAAAUACCUUUGGUACAAAAACAAAUUAAAAAUUAUAGUGUAACCAGCAACAGCAACAGCAACGGAGCAAAACAACAACACCAACAGAACACCAGCGAAGAGAACCAGAGGCAGCCGCAACAGCAACAGCCAACCGAUGAGGAAAAUGAAGCCACUGCCGGCAUUCAGAGCAAUGAAGCGAUUGAGCGGCAAAAACUGGUUAACUGGAAGCUGCUUCCAUUCUAGCGAAAUGACGGCUGUACAGGCAGCAAUUGGAAUUGGUUAGUAACAGUCACUGCCAUCGAAAUUGGAACAAGUUUUUGCAGUUAAAAUGUGUUUUAGCUAGAAUUUAUUAUUAUUAUUAUUUGAAUGCGUAUGAAUUUUUGCUCAG